AUGACCAAUAUGCCAAACUGUGUUGAAUUAUGUGGACUAAAAAUGGCCAAUACUUUAGGUAUUACAGAUCCAGAGAUUCUUUGCCGCUAUAAAGAGUUGUUCCACCAAGUUUGUUGUGGCAAAAUGAAUUUACGGGAUGCAUUAAUAGAAUGCAGUCGUUAUUCUAUGAAUCCAAGACCUGUUGAAUAUGUUGCAGAGAUAAUUGGCACAGCAAAAGAUAGAGUUAAAAAUUAUCCAAAAUAUGAAAGAUAUGACCCGUCUUUUAGGAAAAAGAAAGGUAUAUGGCAAUGGUCGGCCUAUGAAGAUCAAAGAUUAAUUAUGGGAGUCUAUUUAUGCAACGGAGAUUUUGAAAAAGUAGCAAAAUUUGUUGGAAAUGGAAGAACAAAAAAUCAAUGCUCUCAGAGAUGGGACAGGACUGUCAAUCCAAUGAUCAAUAAGGCUCCAUGGACUCCUGAAGAAGAAGAGAUGCUGGAAAUUGCUUAUCAUAUUCAUGGAGCUUCAUGGAUCAAAAUCGCAGCAUAUCUUGGGACAAGAACGGAUGUUCAAUGCAGAUAUCAUUAUUUACAUGUAAUGAAUGGCAGCUCACCAAAGGCAAUUAGAAGCAGACAAAUAAGAGAAGUAAAGAAGUCGAAAGAAGAUGAGAAAAAGAGAGAGUUAUUGUUGGAAGGAAUUCAAAAGAUUCUUAGGAGUACUGAUAUUGACUAUCUUGAUGAAGCGUUGUUGGAAACGUCAAUUUCAGAUUUCUCAAUUUAA